AUGUUUGGGAUUCAGGAGAAUAUUCCGCGCGGGGGGACGACCAUGAAGGAGGAGCCGCUGGGCAGCGGCAUGAACCCGGUGCGCUCGUGGAUGCACACGGCGGGCGUGGUGGACGCCAACACCGCCGCGCAGAGCGGCGUGGGGCUGGCGCGGGCGCACUUCGAGAAGCAGCCGCCUUCCAACCUCCGGAAAUCCAAUUUCUUCCACUUCGUGCUGGCGCUCUACGACAGGCAGGGGCAGCCGGUGGAGAUCGAGAGGACCGCUUUUGUGGACUUUGUGGAGAAAGAGAAAGAGCCAAACAACGAGAAAACCAACAACGGCAUCCACUAUAAGCUGCAGCUACUGUACAGCAACGGAGUCAGAACAGAGCAAGAUCUGUAUGUCCGCCUCAUAGAUUCAAUGACAAAACAGGCCAUCGUUUAUGAGGGCCAGGACAAGAACCCCGAGAUGUGUCGCGUGCUGCUGACCCACGAAAUCAUGUGCAGCCGGUGCUGUGACAAGAAAAGUUGUGGCAAUAGAAACGAAACGCCCUCAGACCCUGUAAUCAUUGACAGAUUCUUUCUAAAGUUCUUCCUCAAGUGCAAUCAGAACUGUCUGAAGAAUGCUGGCAACCCUCGGGACAUGCGGAGGUUUCAGGUGGUUGUGUCCACGACCGUCAAUGUGGACGGCCAUGUGCUGGCUGUGUCCGACAACAUGUUUGUGCACAACAACUCCAAACACGGGAGGCGGGCCCGCCGCCUAGACCCAUCAGAAGGUACGGCCCCUUCUUAUCUGGAAAAUGCCACUCCCUGCAUCAAGGCCAUCAGUCCCAGUGAAGGCUGGACCACGGGGGGCGCCACUGUGAUCAUAAUCGGGGAUAACUUCUUUGACGGCCUACAAGUUGUGUUCGGAACUAUGUUGGUGUGGAGCGAGCUGAUAACCCCCCACGCCAUCCGAGUGCAGACCCCGCCGAGGCACAUCCCCGGAGUCGUCGAGGUCACCCUGUCCUACAAGUCCAAGCAGUUCUGCAAAGGGGCUCCUGGGCGCUUCGUCUACACGGCCCUUAAUGAGCCAACCAUAGAUUAUGGCUUCCAAAGGUUGCAGAAAGUGAUCCCCAGACAUCCAGGCGAUCCUGAAAGGUUACCCAAGGAAGUGUUACUGAAGAGGGCAGCGGACCUGGUGGAAGCCUUGUACGGAAUGCCUCAUAACAACCAGGAGAUCAUCCUGAAACGAGCGGCUGACAUCGCUGAGGCAUUGUACAGUGUCCCCCGCAAUCACAAUCAGAUCCCCACCCUGGGCAAUACUCCUGCACAUAGCGGUAUGAUGGGCGUGAACUCCUUCAGCAGCCAGCUUGCCGUCAACGUGUCAGAGACCUCACAAGCCAAUGACCAAGUCGGCUACAGUCGCAAUACAAGCAGCGUGUCCCCGCGAGGCUACGUCCCCAGCAGUACUCCCCAGCAGUCCAAUUACAACACAGUCAGCACUAGCAUGAAUGGAUACGGAAGCGGGGCCAUGGCCAAUCUAGGGGUCCCUGGCUCGCCUGGAUUUCUUAAUGGCUCCUCUGCUAACUCUCCCUACGGCAUAGUGCCGUCCAGCCCCACCAUGGCAGCCUCUUCGGUCACCCUCCCUUCAAACUGUAGCAGCACACACGGCAUUUUCUCAUUCUCACCUGCCAAUGUCAUCUCCGCAGUGAAACAGAAGAGCGCCUUCGCGCCCGUGGUCCGGCCCCAAGCCUCGCCUCCUCCUUCCUGCACCAGCGCCAAUGGGAACGGACUGCAAGGCUCUCUGCUGGGUGCUGAGGACGCAACCGUGGAGAAGACAAACUGGCCCUUUUGUGAAGUCGGUGGCAUAUUUCACUUUGAUGAACUAAUGCUCAAAAAAGGAACUGGCAAGCUAUGUCUGGGCUGGUAGUCCCGCCCAUGUGAGGGACUCUGUUUACCUUCGCAGCAUCCAAGGACGGGCUUCAAGGGACACGUAGUAUGUUAAGACAUACUGAUGGAAACAAUAUCUUCAAAAACAAAUCAGCAGCAGUUGAAAUGCUACAAAAGACUUUGUUUAAAGAUUUUAUUUAAGCUAUUAAGAAUCGACAUUCAAGCAAACCUUCUUCAUGAACAAUUCCAUUUUAUUGACUGAACUUUUCUCAUAUUUUCACACUUCGCAGUCCCGAAGAAUAUGGAAAACAAAGCGAUGCCUAUUUUGUAUAAAGUUUCUGACCCGUCUUGGCUGUCUAGUACGUGCUAUCUGUGUGGGGAGAAACUUCGUGAAUGCACCAUUUUGAUGACCAUGAAACACUGAGGAAAAAUGCCUCGAAACAUUUUUCUGUACUCAUAUUUAGAUUCACAAUGGUUGUGUAUCUCUAUAAUGUGAAAUAUUUUUUUGUGGUGAAAAAAGGGGGCCAAGGAGGUAUGAGCCAUCGACUGGAAGAGAGGGUGAGGAAAUGUCUAGGAGGA